UAUGAUAUUCGAGGUUUCUUAUCUAGCUCUCUUCCCGGUCGAUGAAUGAUCAAAUUCAUUCGUUGCUUACUCGUUCGGUGUCAUGUAUUUGUUAGACGAAAUUUUGUGUUGUGCGUCCGAGACGUGGAAUUUAUAAUAAUUGUUGGUGUUGUAUGUUAGCGUUAACAAGACAUUGUAGAAAUGGUGAAUAUAGACACGAUACAAAAAAAUUAUCCGCUGCAUUGGCUUGUGUGGAAUAACAAUUAUGUAGAACUUGAAGAGGAAUUAUCUACAAAGCUGCAUGACAUUGAAAAAGUUGAUAAUAGGGGAAGAACACCAUUAAUGUUAGCUGUGACUUUGGGUUAUAUUGAAUCUGUUGGAGUAUUAUUGCAGCAUGAAGCUAAUGUUAAUACGGAAAACACUCAAGGAUGGACUGUGGUUCAAGAAGCAGUUGGCACAGGAAAUCCUGAGCUAAUACAAAUGGUGCUAGCACAUAGGGAUUAUCAAAGAUACUGUAAUCGUGUAGCUGGUAUUCCAGAACUGCUUCAUAAACUUAAACAAGCACCUGAUUUUUAUGUAGAAAUGAAAUGGGAGUUUACUAGUUGGGUUCCUCUUGCCUCCAGAAUAUGUCCAAGUGACACAUACAAAGUAUAUAAACAAGGCAGCAAUGUGCGAAUUGAUACAACAUUAUUAGGAUUUGACCAUAAAAAGUGGCAACGUGGAAAUCGUAGUUAUGUUUUUAAAGGACAAAAUGAUGGCGCAACAAUGAUGGAAGUAGAUCACAAAACAAGAAAAGUAUAUGUUGAACAUAUUAAACUCGUAGAUAUUGACGAUAUGCAAUUAAUGGAGCCUUCUGAAGAAGGUGUAUUAGCUCGACUUACGAAUCCGAUAGUUACUACAUAUAUAGAUACAGAUAAAAUUAGUUUUGAACGCAAUAAAGCUGGUUUAUGGGGAUGGCGUUCUGAUAAAAGUGAAGUAGUUAACGGACAUGAGUGUAAAGUGUUUAGUGCAUGCAACGUAGAAUUAAUAACGAAAACUCGACUAGAACAUUUAUCUGAGCCUGACAAGGCACGGGCUCGUGCUCCUCGUACGCCUCUUCAAUCAUUUCUUGGUAUGGCGGAACAACAACAAGAGAACAGUAAUAGCGCUACUACUAGUGAAGAAUAUAACAAUAUUGGAAAUCCUUCUAACAUAACACCUGAGGAAUAUUUUGAUCCAGACGUUGAUUUAAGUGGAAGGGAUAUAGGUAGACCAAAGGAAGUUAAUACAAAAAUUCAAAAAUUUAAGGCAACUUUAUGGCUUAGUGAACAGUAUCCAUUAAGUCUUCAAGAACAGAUCAUGCCAAUUGUUGAUCUUAUGGCAAUAUCUAGUUCACAUUUUGCGAAAUUAAAAGAUUUCAUUCAAAUGCAGUUACCAGCUGGAUUUCCUGUUAAAAUUGAAAUUCCACUUUUUCAUAUAUUAAAUGCAAGGAUAACAUUCGGAAAUAUUUUUGGCAUGGAUCAAGAAGUACCACAUGUAGGGCAUUUGCAAGAAACUAAUAGAAUGACUUGCUUGGUUGAUGACAUUUGUUUUGAAGCACCUGUAGGAUAUGUAAAACUAGCGGGUGCUGAAGUUCGGACACAAUUUAGUAUGGAAGAAGAAGACGAUUUAUUACAAUUUGCUAUUCAGCAAAGUUUAUUGGAAGUUGGAAGUGAACGUGAUGAGGUUGAUAUAUGGGAGGCCUUAAGAGCGCAAAAACCAUCACGACCCACGACACCAAAUAUGACAACAGAAGAAGAAAGGCAACUACAGAGUGCGAUUCAAGCAAGUCUGGCGCUAUGCCAGGACAGUACUACUGGGUGUGCGAGCGGUCAAAGUAACUCGGAUAAGACGAAUGACGUAGAAGACGCUGAUUCGCUUGAAGAUACAGCGGAACAAUUAAGACUGGCAUUAAGACUUUCAGAAUUACAACAAUUGGAAGAGGAACAGCGUCGAUUAUUAGAAGAAGAAACGUUCCGGCAAGUGUUGAAAUUAUCUCUUACAGACAAGUGAACUUUAAAAAUGUGCAAUAGUCAUUAAAAAAUUUGUUCAAACUAUACUUCCACGACUAUGUGAAAUCUUCCACCUUCGCAAACAUCAUGUGACUGUUAAGUGCGAGAUCAUUUCCUACAAUUCAUAAAACAUUAAAUAAGUAAACUUGUUGUUUACAAGAAACAUUUGUUAUUAUAACAUAUAUACAGGGUGUCCCAUUUUAAUCUUCCCAGGCAAAUAUCCCUACGACAUAAAAAAUACCGAGAAAUAUUUCAA